GUUUUUCAAUGCUAGACUAUCAGAUAAUUGUGUUCAUUGAUUGGUCUGUAAAUAGAGAUAUAUUGACAUAAACUCGUUAUUCAUAUGCAAAAUUAUGAGAUUCAGAUGUAACUGUUCAUAUUUGUUGAAGAGCUGCUAUAUCUGAUUAGUUUGAUUUUGAUCCAAGUUGUAUAAAAUUUAAUUUAAUUUUUAUAAAUUAUAUUUUAAAUAAAACAAUAAAAAAUCUUGUUAUAUUUGAACUACUAAAAUACUAGAACUCCGAUUUUAAAGAAUUAUUAUUUAUUACAAUCUGUUUUUGAUACUGAUCAUCGGCCUCUUCUUUCUGCUUCUCGCGGGCUUGCAAGGUCUUGCCAGUAUGAGGUUCAAAACCCUUGCUUUUCCUUCUGGUUUUUGGUCCUUCAAUUUCAAUCCAAGAAGAAGUUUUUAGAUUUCUUUUGUUAAGCGGAUAUAAUGCCAGGAUGAGUGUCCUUCCAUCUGGGUUUCUCUCAUUCUUGAACAAGAAGAACAGCCAAAUAAAAUAUACCAUGCUUCGUUCUCUCUUUUUCUCUAAUUUAAGUGCAGGAAAAGCAGCUUAUCAAUUAGCGCCACUUUCAGAGAAAUUAGCUUCUUAUUUGGAGAACUCUUCGGAUGCUGUUUUUCUAAGAAAGUUUCAUGCUCGCAUAUUCACGUCUGGGCUUCAAGACCACGUCUUUUGGGGCUCCAAGCUCAUCAACUGCUAUGCAAAACUUGGGUUCUUUACUGAUUCUAGAUGGGUAUUUGACAGGAUCGUUAACGAAAAUCUAUCUCUCUGGAAUUCAGUUCUUGUUGGAUAUUACAGAGCCGGCCACCACAUCGAAGUUUUAAAUCGAUAUUUGGAUUUGAGACGACGGAAAAUUGGCGUGAAUGGUUCAGCUAUCACAUUCAGCGUGAAAAGUUGUUCUGAGUUGGGAAGGCUGCAAUUUGGCAAGGGAAUUCAUUUGGAUGCUUUCAAAUUUGGGUUGAGUGGUGAUCGCUUCGUGGGCUCAUCUCUCGUCGGGAUGUAUUGCGCGAAUGGUGAUGCUGACAGCGCGUCCAAAGUGUUUGAUGAAAUCACUGAGAGAGAUGUUGUUGCUUAUACAUCCUUGAUUACAGGGUUUGCUGAAAGUGGAGUUGAAUGUGCUUAUGAGGCUUUUAGGAUUGCUCGGUCUAUGCAGGAAGAAGAACUCUAUCCCAAUAGGGUGACUUUAGUGAGCUUGCUUCAGGCUGCAGGACGCUUGGAAGCAUUCAAAGCGGGUCGGUCCAUCCAUGGCUAUGCUAUCAGGAGAGCUGUUGGAUCUUCAGAUGAGAUUUUUGAAACAAGUCUGAUGGACAUGUACAUCAAGUGUGGGGCCAUGAAUGUGGCGGCUUCAAUUUUCAGCAAAAUGAGCACAAGAAGUGUUCCUUCUUGGAAUGCAUUGAUUGCUGGUCGCCUGCAAAUGGGAUGCCCACUAGAAGCUUUGAAUCUUUUCUCACUCAUGGUGCAACAAAACCUUGAACCCGAUUUGGUUACUUUGGCAAAUGUGAUUUUGAGUUGUGCUGAUUUGAAGUGUUUGCGCGAAGGGAAAAGUAUCCAUGGUUACAUAAUUCGAGCUGGAAUUCAGCUCGAUCUAGUUGCUUCCACAGCUUUAAUUGACACGUACUCAAAAUGUAACAGUUUGAUCCUGGCCAGGAAAAUCUUUUCUAGAAUGGAGGAAAAGGAUGUGGUUUCAUUCAAUGUCAUGAUGGCAGGUUAUUUCCAGAAUGGGUGUGCUAUUGAGGCCAUGGAGAUGUUUUAUGAAAUGGUUGGAGGAGGUAAUAUGCCAAAUUUCAGUACCAUUUUGAGUAUACUUUCUGUAUUUUCUGCUCUGAAAGAUGUGAGACGAGGCCGGUGCAUCCAUGGGUAUGUAUUCAGACAUGCGCUGGAACUGAACACUGAAAUAGCCAAUCAAACAAUCUACAUGUAUGCAAAAUGCGGAUAUGUAGAAUCUGCUAGAGAAGUCUUUAACAGGACAGAGAUUAAGGACUUGGUUUCAUGGACAUCAAUGAUGAUGGGGUAUGUACAUCAAGGGCGUGCUGAUGAAGCCAUAGCCUUUUUCCGCCUGAUGAAAAGAGAAAAGGUAAUGGCCGACUCUAUCACUAUUCUAAGUUUGCUUCAGGCAGUCUCUCAGCUAGGAUGCCUGAAUCUAGCGAAGGAAGUUCACUCUCGAGUAUAUAGGCUUGCAAUGGAGCAAGAAAGCCCAAUAGUCAAUUCUUUGAUUACCACAUAUAGCAAAUGUGGGAAACUCGACAUGGCUAGUGCUCUGUUUGGGCAGAUUGGCAAUCGGUCUUUGACGUCAUGGAACACGAUGAUUGCUGCAUAUGGAAUGCAUGGAAAAUGUAUGCAGGCAAUUGAACUGUUCGACCAAAUGGAGGAGGAAAAGGUUGCUCCAGAUGAAGUCACCUUCACUUCUUUGAUAUUUGCCUGCAGCCAUUCAGGCCUAGUAGAACAGGGUCUGCGCGUUUUCAGGUUGAUGAAAGUAGAAUAUUUAAUAAUUCCCAGUGAAGAGCAUUAUGGGUGCGUGGUAGAUUUAUUAAGCAGAGCAGGACGGAUCGAAGAAGCCUUUGGGCUUGUGAGUUGCCUGCCGCAGACAUACAGAACUUCUGCUCUGGGUACAUUGCUUGCUGCUUGCAGAAUUCAUGGGAAUGCUCAAAUGGGAGAGGUCAUAGGAAUGCAACUUCUGAAGUUAGAGCCUGAGAACCCUACUGCCUAUGGAAUGGUCUCUAAUUUAUACGCAGAAGGGGGCAACUGGAAUGAUGCCGCCAGAAUAAAAGCCAUGGUGAAGGACAGAGGCUUAAGGAGGACUCCUGGAUACAGUUUAAUAGAAGUAGACAAGAGGCAAGUGUAUUAGAUUUGAAUCUGUAAUGACAAAAACAACAAAAAAAUGAAUAUUAGGAGAUUAAAAGUAUCUACUUUUAUCUGUUCAAAACGAUGGAAAUCAUCAAAGUAUGAGUCAUUUUGAGCCAUUUCCUUGGAUUGGAAAAAAAAAAAAGGGAAGGAAAACAGGUCCCACCGGGAGUCGAACCCAGGUCGCUGGAUUCAAAGUCCAGAGUGCUAACCACUACACCAUGGAACCACCUUGACGUGAUUCUUAAUUAAUUUAUAAAUCAUUUCU